UAGAUACAAUAACUCAACUAAAAUUAAAAUAUUUGAAAAAUCAUUUUUUAAAUCGUUGGCUUCUUAAAUAGAAAAAUUAAUGUCAUGCAUUUAAAAAUUAUACUAAUCUUCUGUUCAGUAUGUUUUUUUACAGUAAUAACAAGCAUUGGACUUACUGCGCAAAACAUAAACUUCUUUGGAAAUUUGUUAUUUUAUCAUGACAAUUCCACAUUACUAUCAAAAUCUUUACAAGCAAAUAAUAUACAAAGACCGUACAGUAGUUAUAAUAGAGAAGAUACAACAAUCAUAAAAAUCUGGAAGCUUUUGAUGUUUUUGUCUAAAAUUAAUAAGCCUGGUGAUGAUAUCGAGUUAGAAAAGCUGUAUGGAAACGACGUUAAUAAUAUCUUAAAUGAAUUUUGUCGAAUUGGCACAAAUAUGAAUAGUAUUAGUAAGGACCAAUGCAUUCAAUUUUUUAAUUCAUUUGACUUCAAAACUCUUUUUAAUAACGAAAAUCAUGAAAAUCUCAAUGGAGCUGUGAAUGAUUUUAUGACAAGUAUUGUAAACGAAAAUUACACCUUAGUUGAUGUAUUGUUGGAAGUAUUAAAAUUAAAGUCAUAUAUUAAAAAAACAAUUGUUGGUCAUAUUCAAAGUAUUGAUAAACUACAAGAUGAAUAUGACAUAAUCGUAAAGAAUAUUCACUAAUCUAAUAAAAUAUUAUAAAAUUAUAAAAAUUUGUAAUCUUUACACCCACUUAUUAAUUGUAUUAUUUUUUAUUAUAUUUAUUGAUAUUAUUAUAACAAUAAAUUUUCAAAUAUCA